CCAUUUUUGCAAAGGGAAAAGAGACUGGUGAGAGGGGAUCUAAUUUCUAACAGUCGGCGUAGGUAGGGCACAGUUUUAACGGUUCCGAACUGACUCCAAAUCUAAACAGGGUCCCUAUUUGCCUCCGGAGGCAAGGAAUCUUGACAGGAAAGAGCUCCUCAGAGGACAACUACACGUUCAAACAUUUUAAAGCUUUGAUAGUGAUCCGCAGUGUGUGGACAGAAGUAUUGUUUUGGUUGUGGAGGCUGUGUGGAAAGCGACGGGGGUCUUACCCGGAUCCCCUUAUUCGUUAUUCAAGUUUUCUAGAGUGGACAUAAACGGCCUUGUGGAUGCACUUAGAUGUCUGCAAUGAGUGCUGUGGCUGGCAUGCCUCAGUGUUUUGGACUCCCAUGCUCUGGACUCAGUAGAACAAGAACUGAUCAGCAGAGAACGUCAUGAGCAUAGUCAUCCCAGUAGGGGUGGACACAGCAGACACCUCAUACCUGGACAUGGCUGCAGGCUCAGACAGACCAGAAUCGGUGGAGGCCAGUCCUGUGGUGGUGGAAAAGUCCAGCUACCCACAUCAGAUCUACAGCAGUAGCUCCCACCACUCCCACAGUUACAUUGGCCUGCCUUACGCUGACCAUAACUAUGGGGCACGGCCCCCACCCACGCCACCGGCGUCCCCUCCGCCCUCCAUGCUGAUCCGACCAGGCGAGGGAGGGCUGUUUGUUCCAGGGGGGCAGGACGAGGCGUCCAGGGGCACCACACUCAGCACCUCAGAGGACGGCAGCUACGGGGCCGACAUCACCCGCUGCAUCUGUGGCUUCACCCACGAUGACGGCUACAUGAUCUGCUGCGACAAGUGCAGUGCUUGGCAGCAUAUAGACUGCAUGGGUAUCGACAGGCAGAACAUUCCUGAGACCUACCUGUGUGAGCGCUGCCAACCACGGCACCUGGACAGAGAGAGGGCCAUCUUGCUGCAGACUAGAAAGAGAGAAUGUUUGUCUGACGGGGACACCAGUGCCACAGAGAGUGGAGAUGAGGUGCCGCUAGAGCUCUACUCUGCCUUCCAACACACGCCCACCACUAUCACCCUGACUACUGGGCGCCUUGGCAAUAAGCAGGCUGACAAAAAACGCAAGAGGAGUGGUGAAAAAGAGCCUCCAGCAGCCUCCGCCCGAGCUAAGAAGGCCUUCCGAGAGGGUUCCAGAAAAUCCUCCAGAGUAAAGGGUGCAGCUCCAGAGCAGGAGCCGACAGAGCACCCAUCUCUGUGGGAGAACAAGAUCAAGACGUGGAUGGAGCGCUAUGAGGAGGCCAGUAGCAAUCAGUACAGUGAGGACGUCCAGGUGCUGCUGCGUGUCAAAGAGCAAGGUGACGGAAAGAGUCUGGCUUACAACACGCAUCCAGCAUCCUUCAAGCCACCUGUGGAGAGUCAGGUCCAGAAAAAUAAGAAGAUCCUGAAGGCAGUGAGAGACCUGGCUCCCGACUCCCUCAUUAUAGAGUACAGGGGCAAGUUCAUGCUCCGGCAGCAGUUUGAGGCCAACGGAUACUUCUUCAAGAGACCGUACCCAUUUGUAUUGUUUUACUCUAAGUUUGAUGGGCUGGAGAUGUGUGUGGAUGCUCGCAGUUUUGGCAAUGAGGCACGCUUCAUCCGACGUUCCUGCACCCCCAACUCUGAAGUGCGGCAUGUCAUUGAGGAUGGUAUGCUGCAUUUGUACAUUUACUCAUUGAGGCCUAUCACCAAGGGCACAGAGAUCACCAUUGGCUUUGAUUUUGACUAUGGCAGCUGUAAAUACAAGGUAGACUGUGCCUGUGUGAAGGGGAACCAGGAGUGCCCAGUCCUGAAGCACAACCUGGAGCCCAUAGAAAACCUUGGUUCAGGAAGUCGGCGCAGAGGGAGCCGCAAGGACAAGGAGACCGCUCGGGAUGACCAGGGCCAGAACCAGAAUUUGGGCUUGGAUGGCGAGGGGAAGGGCAAGAGCAUAGGCGACAGCAAGCAGAGGAAACUCUCACCGCUCCGCCUCUCCAUUUCAAACAACCAGGAUCCUGAGUUAUAUGAGGAUCUAGAAGACAAAACCUCCGUUAGCAAUGAAGUAGAGAUGGAGUCAGAGGAGCAGAUUGCAGAGAGGAGGAGGAAGAUGGCCAACCCAGUGGAGCAGUCCCAUCUGCCUGUCGGGGGGGCCUCCAGCUGGAAGGGACUGAGACACAAGGAGACACGAGAGGAGCGAAAGAUGGAGGCCAUUCUGCAAGCCUUUGCCCGGAUGGAGAAGAGGGAGAAACGCAGGGAGCAGGCCCUGGAGAGAAUUGGUAGCAACAAGACAGAGGUUGGGGGCCGCAGUGACAUUAAGGAGGAACCUCCAGCCACACCAGAAACGGCAGAUUCCCCAGCUGUUGUGCAGCCACUGUUGGAGGUGAAAGAGGAGCCAGGACUGAAACCAGCAAAGGUCAAAGGCUCACGGAAUAGGAAAAGCUUUUCCAGGAACCGCACGCACAUAGGCCAGCAGCGUCGGCGAGCUCGCACCAUCAGUGCUUGUUCUGACUUGCCCCCUGGCUCUCCAGCAGAGUGCAUAGAACCUCUGGCCACUGAAGCCCCCGAAGGAGAGCCGCCCAGUGCUCCCGAACCUGAGGCCAUUACCUCCCAAGCCCCAGACACCAGCCCUCCACAGAGUAGCUCACCUGCACCUGACCGAAACCGCUCCGGGCACAAGAACUUCAAAACUAAGAAGCAGCACUUUGUCAGUGAGUGGGUGGGGGACAAGCAGCAGGAACGAGGGGCAGUGCGAACCCCAGAGCCAGCACCAGAGAGGCCGUUGAGAAUCAGCAGUGACCCCGAAGUCCUUGCCACCCAACUUAACGCCCUACCAGGCAUGGCCUGCUCGCCACAGGUCUACAGCACGCCCAAACACUAUGUUCGCUUCUCCUCCCCUUUCCUGGCAAACCGUAGCCCCACCACCCCUGGGGUCCCCACUGGGCGACGGCGCUCCAGAGAGCUGCCAGAGACGCCGCCUACCACUGGCUCCUGUAAAAAGCGAUGGUUGAAGCAGGCUCUGGAGGAGGAGGGCUCUACCAGCCCUGCCAGACGGCCCAGCCUCCUCAUGCCUUGUGAGGGCCCUCUAAGCCCCUCCAUCAACGGAGACUCUGACAGCCCUCUACCCUACAAUGGAAAUUGUUCGCUACCAGAAUUGCCCACGCCUCUGAAAAAGCGGCGGUUGAGCCCUUUAGAUGCCUGUAUGUCUGAGAGUUCAACACCCUACGGCUCCCCUUGUGCCACGCCAACCAGGGCGGACCAAUCAGAAACACCCGCAACACCCUUGUUGCUGGCCACCCCACCACGUCCCCGCACUGAAGAGCCCAGUAUGGAGCCCUUACCCAGUACCCCAACACAGACACUUAGUGCCCCACAGGAGAGUGAAUCCUCAGUAGACAGUUCUCCAGAAGGCGGUUGCAGACCCAUUACCCAAGAGGCUGAUCGUCCCCCUUCGCUGCUCUCCUCCCCCUGUGUCAGGGCUGCUAGUUCAGACGCGCUCCCAACAGAGGGCAAGAUGUCAGGCCCUGUGAGCCCCCAGCCUCCUGCAGCUGAGUCUGUUGACUGUGGUGGAGAAGACAGGGCUGACAGCGGAGUCGUGGAAGGCUGUAGUGAGGCUUCCUCUGCCUCCGAAUCAGCCUCUUCCUCCUACCCUGGCUGGAUAAAAAGCCCAGAGAGAGGUCCUGUUGGACCAGCUGGCCUGAACUUUUCUCCAGUGAACUCCAACUUGAAGGAUCUCACCCCCUCACACACUCUAGAGCCCCUGGCAGCUCCCUUCAGGCCUGAGGCUCCAGCUGGGGUGGCAGGGAGUAGCACAGCAGGAACAGGGACAGCGGUUGGGUCUUCAGCCCCCUUCAGUGAAGGCCAGGGUCAGCUCUUCUACCCCUGCCCUGAGGAAGGGAGUUCCCUGGGCUUCUCUCGCUCAUUGAGUGGGGACAACGCUGUAGAGGGAGGGGGGUCAGCGCAGAACCCCCCACAGAAGAAAAAGGUGUCCCUGUUAGAGUACAGGAAACGUCAGCGUGAGGCUCGUCGCAGCGGCUCCAAGACAGAGUGCAGCUCUCCAGUUUCCACCGUGCCGCCUUUGACCGUGGAAGCCUUCCCUGUUGCCAUAGACACCACCAGUGAACCUCCCCUACCACCUGCUCCCACAGCUCCCAGCAAUACCAACACCAUCAUCACCACCACUGUAAAGGAGCCCCAGACCAGUGAGGAAGCAGACACCCCUGGAGAGAAAGGAGAGAAGGAGGGGGGAGAAGGACAGUGGACGUCAUCCACCUCCGUGGAACAAGCCAGAGAACGCAGCUAUCACAGAGCUCUGCUGCUCAGCAAGGAUAAAGAACCAGAUGGAGAGACAGAGGGUGGUGACACACCAGCAGUGAGAGAUUGUCCAUCUCCAAGUCUUCAGAAGACCCCAACGCAUGCACCCUGCUCACCUGGUCCCGCUGGCACCGCUCAGCCGCCCAGUCGGCCAGCCAAGGAGGAAGAAAGUGACGCUCAGCCUCGGACACCCAAUCCCACCACCCAGCCGCCAAGCAAGACCACAGGCCCCAAGCCAGCCCCUCUGACCCCGACUAAGCUGCAUACCUCCCCUCUCCCCUCCUCCCCGGUCCACUAUCCAGGUCCCUCACUCCUCCACUCGCCCAAGCCCCAGCCUCAGGGCUCGCCCUUCCGCAGCCAGAGGACACUAUUCUCUGCCCAGCCUCAAACCCAGCCGCAGCCCCAGGCUCAGACUGGCCCGGCCCCUUUCCCCCAGUACAACAGCCAGAGUGCUCCCCCGCCGCCUCCCCCUCCUCCACCAGCACCCACAGCCUCGGCAGCCUACUACCCCAGCCAGAGCGCCUCACCUGCCGGGCCCUUUCCUGCGUUCAAGCCAGCCGUCACGUCCCCCUAUCCUCCUGGUUCUCAGCCCUUGAUGCAGACUCUUCCCCACAGUGUGCACUACCAGAGCUCAGCUGCCCCGCCUCCUCCCCCACCUCCACCCCCACACCCAAUCCCUGGCCCCACCCUGCUACACGUCAACCUGCAGCCUUCUCCCAUCCAGCAGCACCAGCUCAUGCUGACAGCUGCACCUCCUCCACCUCCUCCCCCGCAGGGCCAAACCCCCCAGCAGCAGCAGCAGCCUCCUGCUGGCAGCACCCUCCUGUCACUCACCCCUCCGCCUCCUCCUCCGCCACCUCCCCCUGCCCCCUCGACCAGCGCCCCCAUGCAGCCCCACCACUUUCAGAACUUAGGUGGUUUUCAACCGGCCUUGCUGCACCCUGGUGCGGCCGCGAACCCUUCAGUGCCCCCAUCCACCUACCCUCCACCCCACCAGCAGACCGGACUGCCUCCCCCUCCCCCUCCGCCUCCCCAACAGACUCAGCCAGGCCAGGCCCAGGCCCAGCCCUCAGCCUCCCAGAUGCCUAGUGGGACUCGUGGAGCCCCUGCGUCCUCGACCCCCUUCCACAGUUCGGGGUACCUGGGCACAGGAUGGCACUGACCGCCCUCCCUGGUGGCGCUCCUGGCUGCCUCUACAAACUCAGUGUGAGAGGGGCGUGUAACAUAAGCUGUAGAUAUGUUUUCUAUGUACCUGAACACAUGGCCAAUGGAAAAACAGCUGAACGUGGGAUGAAAGGGUACUUUUUAAAAAAGGACCGCAAACUAAUCUUCAAAACAGACUUUGUAUCAAAAUGAAGAUGGACGAUCCCCCGGUGCUCAUAACCCUCUCUCUGGCCUCCUUUUGUUUUUAUAUAUCCUUCCUGUGAUGGAGAGGAAAGCUCUCUGUCCUGUGUCUUGUUUGGACUCCUGUUGUAAGGCCCGGCACUUUGUUUAUCUAUGGACAUUCCAGCCUAUAUCCCCUCCUCUUCCUCCUUUGUCAGUUACUCCUUUCACUUCCUCUUCUUCUCUUGUCUGUUGUCUGCUCUCUACACCAUUUAUUUGUUUAAUCUAGUGGCUCAUUAUAGCGAAGAGAAAGCUUUUUGUAUAGAGAAAAAAAACACAGAAUUAUUUUUUUUAUUCUUCUGUCUAACAACAAAUAUCUGUGCACCGCUGCAGAGAUACAGAAAAGACCCUUCUGGGAGCCUGCUUCACUGCCCCAGGAGGCUGCACACUCUGUGUGUGUCUGUGUGUGUGUGUGUGCGCGCGUGUGUGUGUGAGUGUGAGAGAGAGUGUGUGAUAGAGCGUGAAGGAGUAUGCCUGCUUGUCUAGUGUGAAAGUCACAGGUGAAAAGUGUGAGAGAAAGUGUCGCAGUGCAAUGAGUGCUCGUAGUCUUCUGAGGUAGCUAAAGUGGCCUCGCCCAUAGGUAGGACGUUAGCGGUUUAUUUUUGAAUAUCAAUGGUUAUUUGUAGAAAGUGUAAUUUAAUGUAUAGGUGGUUACUCCAGCUUUCACCAGGAACAGGUUGUAAAUAUUUGCUUCUUUUCUUUUCUAUGCUUGUACAAUUCGCUCCCAUCCCAUUUUGGAAUAUGGUUGUAAAUAUGAACGCUCUCUUGGCAAAGCUGAAUGUUUCUGUGACAGUAGCAUUAUUUUUAUUUUAUUUUUUUCCUCUCUGGACUCUAAAACUUUGUCUUUUUUAUUAUUUGUGUGUGUGAGUGUAUGUUUGUGUGGAGGGGAGAAACUCACAGACACUGCACUGGUUGGCUAUUUUCAUGGUUCAUUAUAAUAAAUCACUGUAAUGACAGUUUUAUACCA